UUUCAUUCAUACAAACAAAUACUUGGUCAUUACUCUCCCUGAGACACAGGUCAAUUUUGCAUAGCACAUCCGAGCGAGUGGAUAUUAGCAUUAAAAGCUACAUCCUUCCAGCACUUAUUGUUUUGUCUUCGAAGCGGAGUUCACAGUCAUCAGGACAAGCUAGUCUUACCGUGUCCGUUCUCGUCAAAGUUCUGCCAGUACCAGAAUCUUUUACGAACUUGAGUUAACUGAGAAAAGCGUGCUGCCUGAGUCGAUUAAGUAUGGCUGAACCAUUGGCAAAAGAGGAGAUCAUAGAUUUUGUCGAACCGAAUGAAACCAAGAGAAAAUCUGAAAGAAAGUCUGGUACCAAAACAUUGCUGAUCUAUAUAAUAGCUGGAGUUUUGGUGCUAGCUAUACUUGGCCUCGUUUUGGGCCUGUUAUUUGGCCUCGGUGAUGAGGAAACGACACAGGAAACAAUCGUUCCCAGACCGCAACGUUCUCAAUGCAGGAUUGGGGGAGAAUUCCAGAAUUUCUCCGUCGCUUCAGACACAUCCGUCUGCUCGGAAAUCGGCUGUCGUAUUCUUGAAAAGAAAGGAUCUGCUGUUGAUGCCGCCAUUGCAGCCAUGUUUUGUAUCAGUGUUGUGACAAUGCACUCGAGUGGGAUUGGUGGAGGAAACUUCAUGUUGGUUUAUGAAAAGAAGACGAAAAAGGCCUUUUUUAUUAACGCCAGAGAAAAAGCUCCCGCAGCUGCUCGCGAGAACAUGUAUGUGAACAGUUCAAAAGAUUCUAAAACAGGUCCCUUAUCAGCUGGGGUACCAGGUGAGGUGAAAGGUUUCAUAAAAGCUCAUCAAAAGUUCGGCAAAUUGAAAUGGCGUGAUCUUGUUGAGCCUUCAGUCAAACUGGCCAGUGAAGGAUUUAAAGUGACAUCGGCUCUAGAGCGAGCCAUAGAAAAAUCGUAUGCUAAUAUAACUGACCCUGAAUUCAGAAAACUAUUGACAAACGAGGACGGAAAAUUAAAGAAAACAGGUGAUACAAUAGUGAAUCCAGUGUUAGCGGUGACCCUGAAGAUGAUACAGCAAGAUCCGGAGUCGUUUUAUUCUGGAGAGCUAGCCAAGAGAAUUGCUGCAGAUUUUCAAGACAACAGAGGUAUCAUUACUGAAGAGGAUUUGAGAAGCUAUGACGUGAAGGUGGCGGAAAAGACCUUGAAGUUGGACCUGGAUGAUAUCACUAUGUUGUCUUGUCCUCUUCCGUCCGGAGGACCUGUGGUUACACAAAUAAUGAACAUCCUACAGAACUACAAAUUUAACAGCAAGAGCAUAGCGGAUACGGAAAGUAAGAUUUUGACUUACCAUCGUAUUGUUGAAGCAAUGAAAUUUGCUUACGCCAGACGACCAAUCUUUGGCGAUCCUGAAUUUGUUGACGACGACAACUUAACAAAAGCUAUGAAAGAAGUGUUGGAUGUCGAGUUUAACAAGAAGCUUUUCAAGAAUAUCACUGACGAUUCAACACACAAUAUCUCCUAUUACAGCGGAGAAGAAUACAUUAAAGACGAAGGAAGUACAAGCCAUUUAUCUGUUGUUGCACCUAAUGGCGAUGCAGUGUCGGUAACUGCCUCAAUAAAUUACUAUUUUGGUGGAAAAUAUCGUUCCAAAGACACGGGCAUCGUGUAUAACAAUGAGAUGGACGACUUUUCCACUCCUAAGCAACAAAAUGGCUAUAAUUACCCACCGGCAAAAAAUAACUUUAUCCAACCGGGUAAACGACCUCUGUCGUCCAUGAGUCCAACAAUUUUUGUGGACAAGAAGACGGGUGACGUGAGGUUGGUCGUCGGCGCUGCCGGAGGCUCGAAGAUUAUUUCUUCCACAGCUUGGGUGUCGAUGAUGAAUCUAUGGAUGGGAAUGUCCUUGGAAGAUGCCGUUGCAGUCCCACGUUUGCAUCAUCAGUUAAUUCCUAACAUCAUUACUAUCUACAAGAACAAGCGCUUUAAAUUACCCGACAUCAUACGAAAAGGUCUGCAAGAAAAGGGUCAUAAAUUUCAGGAAAAACCCUCCUUUUCGGUUGUUCAAGCCGUGGCGUACAACAGGAAACUGGACAAGAAAGAAGGCACCGUUUACGCUGUAUCGGAUCCCAGGAAAGGCGGUUCAGGCUGGGGAAUAUAGCUCUGUAUAUAAUAUGGAUGGUUUGGACGUCAAACAAACGCUAUGAAGUAUGAACUCUAGGAUAUGUCUGCGAGACUAACAUAAUAUCUGGUGUCUAACUUAUAUAGAGCUCCCUUUUCGAGACGAUCACAAUCAGUUGACUGGACUUAUUUUGUGUUAAAAUCCAUAUCUUACUAAGCCCAAACUAUAUACACACACACACACACAGGAAUAAAACACAGUUCGCGAUAUUACGCAUGCGCAUUCAUCGUAUGGCAAACAUUCCAUGUAUUCUUCCACAGUUUGGAGACCGUGACUUUUCUUCGCCUCGCCAGAUAUUUGUAGAAAUUCUUGUAUAUAUUUGAAGUGUAUUAGCGUGUCUAGGCGUUUGAGCAACUAUUUCUGAACCUCUCAUUUUUACUGUAUAUUUUUUUAUAUGUAGAAAGUGAUAUUUCACGAAACACGUUGUACUUUAAUUAAACUUGCCUCAAAAUCGCACCUUGAAUUGACUUAUA